AUGUCGGAACCUGGGGAUAAAAAGUUGACGGUACCGAAGUUCUCGUCGUUCAAGCCCAAAGCCCCGGCUGCAGCACCCUCAGCCACCAGUGAACGUUCCCGCGACCGGAAGAGAGAUCGAGAUGAGAGGCCCAAGGAGGAACGAGCUCGUCAUGAGUCUCGGCGUCACAACGACCGCUUGAAGCACGAGUCUGAGCAUCGCCGGCAGCAUCGCAAACGAAGUCGGAGUCGCAGUCCCAGCCAAGAACGAGCUCUUGUCAAGAGAGUCGAGGUGGCAACCAUUCCAAAGGAUAGCCCCGGCAAUGGCGUGUUCUUCAUUGACAAAAAGGGCGACCCCUUAAUCAGAAGAUACGGCGGCAAUGAUCGUUCUCGCGUGCCCCUGUAUCGCCGUAGCGGUCGUGGACGAGUCCUUGGCUCCGGCGGAUAUCUGUACAUCCAUCGAGACGGCCCGCAGGAACGCUUCAGUAUUCGACAGCCGGGAGAAGGAGCCUCGACACUGCGAGAUCGAGCGCUUUUCCAAUCCAAGACUCACCGUGCUAAGCCGUUUCGUAUACGCGUACGCAGCAAUCCCGGUGGCACCGAUGCACACGUGGAGGAGGACUUUGUUCCCCUGAGUAAAUCCUCGAAGCGACAGCGUGCCGAAGAGCCAGGAUCAGAGGAUGAGAAGACGGCGUACAGAUCGAUCAAGGGCAAGGCCAAGGCCCAUGAGUUUUCUGACAGCGAUAUCGACUUCGACUCGGAUGCCGAAGAUGGCGAGUUUGACAUCGGAUCCGAUGAUCCCCUGAGGCAACGGUCGAUCCAACUAUCCCGUCGAGUCAAGGAGCACCCCGGAGACAUUGAAGCCUGGUUCGAGCUGAUCAAUCACCAAGACGUGCUGCUGAGUGCAGGCGGGAGCCUGGAUGGAGAGGCCACCAAAGCUGAGGUUCACAGCUUUGCAGAAAUCAAGAUAUCAAUGUUUGAGUCUGCCCUGUCUCACGCAAAGAAGCCCGAAGACGAAGAACGGCUCCUGCUUGGCUUGAUGCUGGAAGCUGCGCAAGUUUGGUCUUCCUCAAAGCUCGAGAGCCGCUGGACGGAUUUAGCAAAGAAGUACGAUGAUAGCUUUUGUCUGUGGAAGGCUAGAAUUGACUACAAACUCACGAACUUGGUUGCGUUCCAGUACAACGACAUGAAAGCUCUGAUGGUCGACCGAUUACAGGCCGUCUACAAGCAAGCCAUGGUGUCAAUAUCGCCCGGGCCAAGCCGCCCGGCAAGUAACGCAGAGACCCAGCGCUAUGAGCAAAUGGUUUACGUCUUUCUCCGAACAACCAGGUUCAUGUACGAUGCUGGCUUCCGCGAGCUCGCAGUCGCAGCGUGGCAAGCGCUUCUGGAACUCAACUUGCAACGGCCAGCGGUCUGCGAUGCUAUGGCAGAACUACAGAUAGUCAGUUCGUUCAAAGAAUUCUGGGAAGACGAGUCACCAAGAAUAGGAGAAGAUAAUGCCCUCGGCUGGAGCCACUUCGUUCAGAUGGACGGCGUUGUCGAUCCUCCGGAAUCACGAACAGACGAUGACACCGUUCCCAAGUCGCGAGACGUGUACAAGUCUUGGGGCGCAACGGAAAGGCUUAGAGCAACGAAUUCGAGGAACCCAGCGCGGGCUACGGACGACGUCCUUGAGGACGAUCCUUACCGUGUCGUCAUGUUCUCUGACAUUGAGGAGUUACUGUUUGUAAUUCCGUCGGAGGUUAUACCCUUACUUUGGAAACCCCUGGUUGAUGCUUUCCUGCUCUUCUGCGGUUUGCCAACGGCUUUCCGUACUAGCGACUGGACGGAAGCUGCAGAGAACGAUACUGUGAUUAUGAGCAGUAUGAGGCUGUUUGAGAAGGACGUGCUCCAGAGGCCCAACGAACCCGAUGUCCUAGAUGAGACCAAGAGGGUUCCGGUGUUCAAGCAAGAUGCAUCUCGAUACGCGCUGUCGGCUGAUUUGCUGUUUGCUGGCCCCGGAUGGUUUUCGCCGUUUUCCGGAUGGACCAGUACGUCCAAAGAGUCAGACGGACCCGUUCCCCUAGCUGCAGUCUCCAACACUCUUCGGUUGCUGCUGAAGUCGAGAGGCUGUCGGGAGCUGGCCGAAUACUCCCUAGCCAUUGAAGUCGUCAAUGAUCCCAGCAACACCAAGAAACGCGCAAAGGCUUUCAUCAAGCAAGAUGCCACGAAUCUCAAGCUAUACAACGCUUAUGCUCUCGCCGAGUUCUCCAACGGCAACGCGGGAAUUGGUCUCCAGGUCGUUGGCUCAGCGGCCGCCUUGAUUACUACCUCCAAUCGCACAGGUGGAUCAACGUUAUGGAACACUUGGGCUUGGCUGGAACUCCACGAAGGGAAUGAUGCACAUGCUUUGGUGCGUAUCUGUGCUGCAACAGAUGAAUCCUGGAGAAAUGUGUCCGCAACCACGCCCUCUCCUUCACAACUUCUCAAGGCAUAUCAAUCACUAUCAGCUACUCUGGAGCAUCAAAUUUCUGCGAAGCAGCUCGACGAAGCUAUAGCUACUGCGGAAAGCUUGGCAAUGCUGGCCUAUCUCACUGCCCAGGAAGGAUCUGAGCCUACAUCGGAGGCGCAAGGGAGUAUCUCGGCUGCGAUGGAGAGAAUCUGGACCGUAUCUUCGGAACUAUGCGCUCAAGGUCAGGCCAAGUCCUCGACGCACGAGAGACUUCUACAAGUCGCUGCGAGGCUUCUUUACCACCAUGCAAGCCGAGGACCAUUCCGACGUGCGUAUUUGAGGGAUCAGCUCAGCCAGUGCAUUGAGUUGUUUCCACGCAACACGAUCUUCUUGAGUCUGUUCUCGUGGGCAUCGACUACGUUCGGCAUUGACGACCCGAUGCGCGACAUCCUUCGAAAAGUCGCCCUUACGAACGCCAACGACAGCAUCAGCAACCGCGUCUUCGCGAUUCGAUACGAGUUGCAGAGAGGCAACGUGUAUUCAACGCAAGCUGCCUUUGAGCGGGCACUAGAAAGCCCGACAUGCAGGUCCAAUCCCGAUAUAUGGAGGUGUUACAUCAAGUUCAGCUAUGCGAGGCAACAGCUCAGAUCCAAAACAAAGGAUGUGUUUUUCCGAGGUCUUCGCCAUUGUCCGUGGUCAAAGGAGCUGGCACUCGAGGCAUACACGACCCUUGUCAGCGUUAUGGACGAGUUUGAGCUGCGGUCCGUCUUCAAUACGAUGUCGUCCAAGGGAUUACGGAUACACGUUGAUUUAGACGAGUUUUUGGCCCAGCAGAAGAAGACAUGA